AUGUCGUCCCAAUCCCCGGCUUUGCGAGCAGCCAUUCUGAUUGUCUCAACGACAGCUGCAAAAGACCCCUCCACCGAUGCCGCAGAAGCUACACUACGCAGUGUGUUCGAGCAGGAUGGUGGCAACCAAUGGACGGUUGCUGAGACUCAUAUCGUGAGCGAUGACUCGGCAGAAAUCCAGCGUCAAAUCACCACUUGGACGGAACCUGUGGAGGAAGGCAAACACAUAAUCAACUUGGUUGUGACAACGGGUGGCACCGGCUUUGCCAUUGCUGACCGCACCCCUGAAGCUGUGUCGCCAUUACUUCACAAGCAAGCCCCUGGUCUCGUUCACGGAAUGCUAGCAGCUUCUCUGGCUAUCACUCCUUUUGCCAUGAUGUCCCGCCCCGUUGCGGGCGUGAGGAACAAAACAGUCAUAAUAACACUUCCUGGGUCCCCCAAGGGCGCCAAAGAGAACCUCCAAGCUGUGAUCAAGACACUACCACAUGCUUGUCUUCAAGCAGCCGGAGCCAAUUCUAGAGCUCUUCACUCUGGCGGAGUGAAGAAACUUGAGAAGGAAGCAGGAGUGGGCUCCCAGGGCCAUGCCCAGGCUCAAGCUCACACUCACGGUCACUCUCAUUCACACCAUCAUGACCAUGGCCAUAGCUGUCAUAGACACACACAUUCGCACGGCCACGGCCAUGGACACAAUCACGGAAACUUAGUCAGACUCUCCUCUGAAAACCCCAAAUCCAACGACCCAUCGCUCGGCCCCAGCCGAAGACACCGCUCCUCCCCAUACCCGAUGCUCUCGGUCGACGAUGCUCUCUCCCUCAUAGCCAAACACACCACAUACCCCACAACCACCACCGCCAAAGUCACCCCUGACCUCGUCGGCAAAGUCCUUGCUCAAGACAUCUACGCCUCCGCUCCCGUCCCAGCCUUCCGCGCCAGUAUUGUAGACGGCUAUGCCGUUGUCGUCCCCUCCUCUGGGCACCUCCGCGGAGUCUACCCCGUAGUUUCUACCUCCCAUGCCGCGCCCUCCUCCAACCUCGUCCCCUUGAAAGAAGGCCAGAUUACCCGCAUCACCACCGGCGCGCCCUUACCCCCGGGCGCCAACUCCGUCGUCAUGGUAGAAGACACAGUCCUUAUCUCCACGACCAAAACCACCCACCCAACCACCGGCCAGGAAAUCGAAGAAGAAUCCUCCGUAGAAAUCCUCUCUGACGGCAUCGUCAAACCCGGCGCCAACAUCCGUGAAAUCGGCUCCGACAUCCCCCUCAACACCCUCCUCCUCCCAAGCAAGACCCGCCUCUCCCCAGCUUCUAUCGGCCUCCUCUCCAGCAUCGGAACCCAAUCUGUCAAAAUCUACUCUCCACCCACAAUCUCCCUCCUCUCCACCGGCGACGAAAUUGUUGACCCUUCCCUUCCCCGCGAAUUAUCCCUCGGCGAGGUCCGCGACUGCAACCGUCCAACCCUCAUCUCAGUCAUAUCCCAAGCAGGCUUCACCCCUCUCGACCUCGGGAUCGUCUCAGACAAGCAAUCCAACCUCGAGACCACCCUCCGCCGGGCCCUUCGAUCCUCCGACAUAGUCCUCACCACAGGCGGCGUCUCAAUGGGUGAAUUUGACCUCCUCAAACCAACCAUCGAACGCUCCCUUGGCGGGACAAUCCAUUUCGGCAGAGUCAACAUGAAGCCCGGCAAACCCACCACCUUCGCUACCGUCCCAGUCAAGAACAAUGACGGGACGAAAUCCCAGAAGAUGAUUUUCAGCCUCCCUGGCAACCCCGCCUCGGCGCUGGUGACGUUUUAUCUGUUUGUUCUCCCUGCUUUGCAUCAGUUAGCGGGUAUUAGUCCAGUAGGACUCCCAAAAGUGCCAGUGGUGCUAGGUCACGACUUUCCCGUUGAUAAAUCGCGGCCAGAAUACCACCGCGCCAUGGUGACCGUCUCGAAGGAGGGGAAACUCAUCGCCACUAGCACAGGCGGGCAGAGAAGUUCCAAAGUAGGAAGUUUGGAAGGGGCGAACGCACUGCUUACCAUGCCGGCGGGUAAUGGUCCGAUCAAAAAGGGAGAAAAAAUCGAGGCGCUGAUGAUGGGCGAGUUGAGGAGUGAGCUGGCUUGA